GCUCACUUGUUUGUGGGAGAAAUUCUUGAUGGUCUAAUUCUUCUGACAAAACGUGGUGACUCCAUUUACUCAUGUGGCAAACUGAAAGACCUUGAGGAGGUAAUGGAUAGUCAUGCACCUUACACUUUUAUCCAUUUAUUUUAUUUCAUUUUUUAAAAGUUGUAUUGAUCAGGGUCAAUUUUCGUCUUAGCAUAUCAUGAUGUCUUAUCAGAGAAGCUUGGCCAAUUAUGUGAAGAAAGGAUACAAUAAUGCAAGAUGGAGGCUCUUCAGAUUUGAGACUGAAAUACUAGAUCUUUCAACAGAGCGGCCUUCUAUUCUAGUGACAGAUUAAUAACUGAUUUCACUCACAGCCAAGUGAAAAAAAUCAUAUUGUUCCCAAGAAGAACUAGUUUUUAUCCAAAAAAAUAAAACUAAACACUGAAUUGAAUAACAAGUCCAAAAACUAGUUCUAUGCAAAUUUAAUGAGAAUCUGUCCUUCUCCUACCCUUACACCACGUUGUUAUGCUCUGCAACAACAACUACAUUAUGAUCUGACACAAACUAUAAAUUUAAGAGGAGUUUUCAUGCUAAUUUCCCUGCAUGCCAGGCCUGCAUGCAGUCUCUUAGGGGCACAAAAUUAUGCUAAAAUCAUUAGUCCUUUUGUCUAUGCACACGUUACAGCAGGGAGCGCAAAAGUGUGACAGCUUUUGAUUUAUUCACAUUCUUUUGUGCAGAUUUAAUCCAAUCAGAAGCCAGCUGGAAACUGUUCUCAACUUCUGAUUGUUUAAUUUCGGCAGGAAAGAAUGUGAAUUCAUUACAGGUGGUCAUGCUUUUAUGCUCCUUGCUGUAAGUACGGUACAGGAAAAGUGAUUAGAGCUUCAUGUCAGCUGAUAAUUAAUAACAAUUAUAAUAAUAGGUCUAUAUUUCAUAAGAUAAACGUACAUAUCCCAUGUUACUUAUGAGUGGUGUUUUAGCUCCCCCAAGAAAAACUGUUAGCUAAAUGUUUCACCCCAUGUUUUACAUUUUGCAGAAAUACUUCUCACAGUUUUUAGUAGUAUUCAACAUAACAUCUGAGGACGAAGGUACAUUAUGAUACUUCUCAGAAAUUUAUUUAACAGUGUUUACUAACUGCAAAAGCUUACUUUUCAAAUUUUGUGAAAGCUGCCUAUAUGGACUGCUACAGGAUCAAAUAAUUAUUAAUAGUCAAACUUUGAGCCACAUGAGAUGGUCAUCAGGAUCAACUAGGAUUGCUAUCCACUGGGAACAUACUGUAGUUUCAGCUAGAAUUUUUGCAGGGAUGCCAUUCUACUCCAGGUUUUCUACUGGGAUAACGUCACCAGUUCCCACCAAUUAAGACUGACUAACCUGAGAUCUGGGCCAAUUUUAGCAGCUACCAUACAGUCUCUCUUACUUGGUCGCACUAAAUUGUUACUCCUCUCAAACCAGAAUUUCAUUUAUAAACUGAAAUGAAAAUAGAGCCUGAUCCCAGGUUUAAAGACUGACUAGCAUUGGCCCAUUGCAUAUUAGGGGUGUCAAUUUUUAAAACUGAGACUUUGCAAAAACUCUGGUUUAAAGUACUGAUAUGUGAUAGAAAAAAGUCCAAGAUGGAAAGAAAACACAAAAACUGCAAGACUUAUUGACUCGAUGCAAAAUUACUUCUCCAUAUUCCAACACCCAUAAUUUAGUGUUUCCAUCUCUCUGCCUUAAUUGUUAAAUCAAAUUUAUCUUAAAUAUCUGUGCUAUGAUAUUUUAAAAUUUACCCCACAGAAUCUAAUCUUUGCCAAAGAGGAUUUGUUCUUCAAACUGGGAAAGAUGCCUCUGAGAACAAGUACAUAAUCUACAGCAAAAGCUUUUGCAGGUAGGUAAAUCUCUGUCAUUAAAUAAUGUUCUCCAAGAAAGGCUGAAUCACCAUUUGAAAUUUUGCUUAAUCAACCAAAACAGUUCCUAGUUGGGAGAAAUCAUCAAAAUUAUUUUUAUAAACCAGCAGCUAGAGCAUGACUACAAACUUGCCAAUUGAAAAUUUAUGACCAGUCUUGUUUAUAGUGAGGAAAGGUCCUAAUAUCUUUUUUAAAAGUUACCAAAAUAAUGAGAACAUGCUUUCCAACUUGAGAAUAGGAAAGUUAACCAACUUAAGUUAAAGUGACCACUUAUUCUUCUUGCACAUAUUAUAACAUCAAGCGAAUAACUGGAAAUUAUGUAAAACACUCAAGUUAAAGGUGAUAACUUAAUUGUUCUGCUUAUCAAUGCCAUUGAUUUUAUUUAUUGCUGAUGCUCUUGGCUUGCUGUCCAGUUCUUGCCAUUGUGGUUGCAAUUUUUUUUGCCAGUGGUACUAACUUGGGUAUUUUUCUCCGCAGUGUUUAUGCAGUGACUCACAAAAAUAGAGGUGGGAUCAUUGUGUGUGAUCUACCUUAUGGUAUACUGGUUGCAACUUACUCAUUCCCAUGCACGAGUGUUAAGGCUAUAGACAUUGUGGAAAAGGCUUGUGAAUUGUUACGGGGCUGAUAAAAGUGUUAAUAAUGCAGUAGACCUUUCAUCACCAAAAUAUGGAUCAAUUCUGUACCAGAAAUAACAUAAGAUGUCAGCUUAAAAGAAAACUAGCACUCUUUAGAAGAAGAAGCCUAUGUCUAGUUGGUUUGACUUCCUGGUAAAGGUAAUCUCCAUUACUAGAUGAUUAAAAUGAUUUUACCAAAAACAAAUUUACCUUGCUGUAUUUUUAUUGGUAAAAUAAUGCUCUUCUUGUACAUUAAAUAUUUUUUUCCAAAUACUUCCAUUAUUCAUUAUUUUUUCUCGUAUCUUCAAAUAAAUCCCUCUUUCAACAUUCAGC